AUGAUUCCUUCAAUCCUCUUGUUAACUUUCUACUUGUUCAUCUCCCCAAUGCUCUGCUUCACGCCCUGUCCACUCCUCGGUCCAGCAUUCCCCCCAUUAACCCUAAACACAUCCGACAAAACAAUCUCAGCAGCCUUGAAAAUUCUCACCCAAGAGUUUGACACCUUAGUCAACACCACAGCAGGCACACAUGGAGAUAUCUCGCCAAACACAACCUUCAGCAUCACUCUAUUCUCAUCUGACAAUGGGAACGCCGAAAACGAGGCUUUCUUCUGGCAAUAUCACCACACAGCACCUGCAUUGCAACAGUUCUCAUAUGGAUCCCAUAGUGCAGACCAAGAUAGUAUAUAUCGGAUAGGUGGUCUUACAGAAGUAUUCACUGUCUGGGGCCUUCUUAUUACAGAAGCUGGAGGACAGAUCUUGAAUGAUCCUAUCACGAAAUAUCUCCCAGAAUUACUUGAUGGAACAGGUGAUCAAGAUGUCAUUGAGCAUGUUGAAUGGGAGGAUGUUACUGUUGGUCAGCUUACUAGUCAUAUGUCUGGUAUUGCUCGCGACUAUUGCUCGAAGGAUGUGAGUAUACAGACAAGCCCUCAGACUUUGGGGUUGGCUGUGCAUCAGGCUGUUCGCAAGCCUUGCUGUGAUGAUAUCACCAGUUGUGGCAGCAGCGAUUUCAUCCGACACAUAGCCGCUGAAACGCCCGUCGCCCAGGCAGGAGCAACACCCAGCUAUUCGAACAUGGCCUUUCAACUUCUGGGCUACAUAAUAGAGAGACGCACAGGAAAACCAUUCACCGAUAGCCUCCAGCAAAGUAUCCUAACACCACUAAACAUGACUAAGACUACCAUUUUCGCACCGACCAAUUCAUCAAAAGGGAUUAUACCCGUGAACAAGGAAGCCAGUGGCUGGUCAGCCCACGAAACCAGCAACGAAGCAUCAAUAUCCCUCUUCACAACCCCAAAAGACCUCUCAAAAGCCGGAAGAGCAAUCCUAUCUUCCACCCUUCUUCCCCAGUCCCAAACAAACAACUGGCUAAAACCAGUCUCACACACCUCAAACCCAGUCAACUCCCUCGGCGCCCCGUGGGUAAUCUACAGCGCGGGAAACUAUCCUAACACCUCAAUGGUGGAUACAUACACGGUCCUCAGCAAUGAAGGACGAAACGAAAGCCUGUACAGUUCUUAUCUGGGUCUCGUGCCCAGUUUCGGCGUUGGGUUUACGAUUUUAUCAGCUGAUACUGAGAAGCCUGCUGAUCUCAAUGCUCAUGCGGAUCUCAUUGGGGAUGUUAUUCUGGAGGCUUUGAUGGGUAUCGCUGCUGAACAGGCUUUGGAGCACUUUGGUGGUGGUUAUGGGCAUUCUAGUGCAAGGCUCAAUUCUUCGAUUGUGCUUGGGGUGGAUGAAUUGCCUGGGUUGUUCAUCCGGGAGUUUAUCAGUAAUGGUACUGAUUUCAGGGCUACUUUGGCUGGUAUUCUGAGUUUCCCUUCGCCCGUUGAUUUGAGUAUCAGGUUGUAUCCUGUGCAGCUGGUUGAGAGGUCUGGGUCUGGGUCCGGGUCGAGAAUGGCGUUUAGGGCUGUCUUUCAGGAUAUGACUGAGUUGGCAGAUGCUGGAACUCCAACUUGUGUGUCUUGGUUGGAUUUGGAUAAGUUGCAGUAUGGGGGCAGGAGGUUGGAUGAGUUUGUGUUUGAAUUGGAUUCCAGGGGGAGGGCUACUGGUGUUGAAAUUCCUGCUUUGCAAGUCAAACUUGAAAGGAAUUAG